AUGUAUCGGCCCAAUUCAAAGUGGACAUGGACUUUCUCCAUUAUUGCCCUAGUCCAGGCAAUGAUUAUUCUCGCAUUUGAGAGCUAUGUCUUUGCCCAUUUCCAAAUCCAUCUCGAAGGCAUUCCCGGCACCCUGACCUCGUCUCGUACGAUUCCAACCUUUUUAACCUUGUAUAUCUUCGGGUUUUUGUACCAGCUAGUCCUUGUUUGGGACGCUCUGCGAAUGAAGAAUACCAUUCAGGUCAUUGGCCUGGUGAUGUACAACGUCGGUCUACUCAUCUAUGGUUCCGUCCAGAUGGAUCAGAUCAGGGAUGCGAUUUUGACGCUGGCUGAAGAUGACUACAUCCGCAAGAACAUUUGGUCAGAUACCGAACCAUUUUUGAUCGCCAUUCCCUGUAUUCUAGCCGUGGGGACAGUGCUCAUGGCCGGCUGUGCCUGGAAACUGUACGACGAAUUUGCAUGGACAAUCUACAAGAGGAUUUCGGCCGACCUAAGGAUGAAGCGACGCUACCUCCAAUACCAGGUCUACAUCGCCCUGUUGAAGUUUGAUUUCUUCUUCUUCCUCGGGUUUACUGUCCAGUUUGUGGUCAUUGUCACCCAACGACAAGUCGAGUUCGCCCUCACCAUUGCCGCUAUGCCUAUCACCAUUUUCAUUCUUCUAGCAGCUGCGUGGUUCGUCCGCAAAGAGUCCCUAUUUGGCACCAUUGUUGUCAUUAUCCUUUACUUUGGCGGUCUGGCCUACUUUAUUUUCAAGAUGGUCCGCAUGUACUCGCCUGGAUGGGAGGGUCCUUAUCUCCCAGCUCGAAAGGAGCUCACCACCUUCGCUGUCUUGACCAUCAUUCUGAUUCUUGUCACAAUCACGUACGCCUGCAUCUGUGCACACAACUAUAACAAGGGGCUGAAGCCCUACGUCAACAAGCCGCAGACGGUCGAGGAUGACGAGAAGCCUAUGAGCGGAAGUGCUUAUGCUCCAUUCGCAACGGAGAUGGCACCAUCUGGCAGUGGAAAACUGCCCGCACCGAGACCCGUUGCCAGUCGGAUGGAAAUUGACUAA